GCAGCUGCCGCUGCAGCAGCUGCUGCAGUGUGUUCAUGAUUUAGGGCAUCUGCUGUUUGCUGCUGGUGCUGCUGCAUUUCGUCGGGGGGGGCAGCCGCUGCUGCUGCUUAGAGACACCCAGGCAGCAGCAACGGAGCAGCAGCUGCUGCUGCAGGAACGCUUGGAGCUGCUGCAGCAAGAAGAGUCUGGGGCUGCGCCCCACGGCCAGGCAGCCUCAAGACCUGCUGCUGCUGCUGCUGCUUCUGCUGCUGCGGAUACACCGCGUUGCCCCUACAGUAUAGUUGGCGGCUCUAUACCCUCGCAGUGUAUCGUGCUGCUGCUAGACAUGCUGCUGCAGGAGCAGCAGCAUGUGCUUGUGAGGGUUGAGGUGUAUAGGCAGCUGCACCGCUGCAGCCACUUGCUUCCUGCUUUGCUGCUCCCCACUCAGGAAGCUGCUGCUGCUCUCGUGCGGCAGCAGCUGCUGCUGCUGCUGCAGCAACAGCAGCAGCAGCAACUGAGGCUCAUAGGCCUUGCGGUGCUGCGACAGUUACCUGCCCUUGUGCUGCAAGAGCCGCACUUCCUGUGGCUGCUGCUGCAGCACCUCUUCGGCUUUUGGGGUGUAUCUGCACCUGCUGCUGCUGCUGCUGCUGCAGCUGCUGCUGCUGCUGCAGCUGCUGCUGCUGCAGUGCGCAAAUCACCAACGGCUGAUUCGUGCCCCAGCGAAACCCUAUGCAGCAGCAGCAACAACAACAGCAGCAGCAGCAACAGCAACAGCAACACCGAAAUGCAGCUAUACACCCCUACUUCCGCUUCUGCAGCAGAAGCAUGUGCUGCUCUUGCUGCUGUUGCUGCUGUUGUUCCCUAUCUCUCUGGGGAUCUGUGUGUCUCUCUGCUGCGGCUAUGUCUUGCUGCUGUCUUGCCCUCUGCUGCAGCAGCGGAGCAGCAGCUGCUGCUGCAGCAGGCCAUGCUGCUGCAGCGUCGCUGUGCAGCUCUUGGCGAGUCCCCGUCGGGCGCUGAUCUGCUGCUGCUGCUGCAGCAGCAGCAGCAGCAAGAGCUGCUGCAGCAGGAGGACCUCCAGUGUCUCACGCUGCGCUCGCUGCCACCGCUGGUUACUCGGCUGUCUCUUCUUGCUGCUGCCUUCGGAUGCGUCUCUCCGCUGCUCCCCACUGUGGCUGUGUGGGCGCUGAGGGUGUUGUGGGCCUUAGCGAACAGGUGUGCUGUGCUGCUGCAGCAGCAGCUACAGCUACAGCAGCAGCAGCAGCAGCAGCAGCAGCAGCAUACUGAGCCGUUUUUAUGUGUUAUCGGCAGCUGCAUGCGCGCUGCCACUCAACUCGCCCUCACCAGCCCCUUCUUAGCCCCUCUGCAGGUUAGCUGCCUACGUAGUGUCCUCACGGCCUCUGCCUGCAGCAGCGGGAGCAACGCUAGCUCAGCAGCAGCAGAAGCAGCAGCAGGAGGACCCCUCUCCGUGUCAGCCGCAGCUGCGCAGCAGCUGCUGCUGCUGCAGCAGCAAGACUUAGUUGUAGUAACGGCGCCAGGAGCUGCAGCACUAAUCAGGAAGCGGCGGCUUCGCAGAGGCCCAAGUGUACCUGCUGAUGCACUCUGCUGCUGCUGCUGCUGCUCUCCUGCUGCUGCUGCUGCUGCUGGCAGUGCUGCACCAAGCAGCAGCACCAGUGACAACAGCAGCAAUAGCAGCAGCAGCAGCAGCAACAGCAGCAGCAGCAGCAGCGACCACUGGAAAAAGCUGCUGAAGGCUCGUCUAGCCCGUGCUGCAGCAUCCAGGGGCGCUGGAGCAGGCAGAGACACAGCAGCAACAGCAGCAGCAUCUGCUGCUGCAGGCCUGCAGCAACAGCAACAGCAGCAGCAGCAGCAGCAGCAACAGCAACAGCCAGCCGAACCCCUAGCUGCUGCCUCACCAGCAGCAAUGGAAGCAGCAGCUCUGUGUCUCCUUCCUCACGAUGAAGUCGUGCGGUGGCUGCGUGUUGCUGCUGCUGCUGCAGAUGCUGCUGCUAUUGCUGCUCUUCUGGGCCUCCUUAGCGGCGCUCUCCAGCAGCAAGCCAGUUGCUCAUGCUGCCGCUGCUGCAGAUCAGCCCAGCCAGCUGCUGCUGCUGCUCCCUCACAGCAGCAGCAGCAGCAGCAAUCAGAAGAGCUCAAUUCGCCCUCAACCUCGCAGCAGAAACGGCUGAGCCAGGGGCAGCUGCAGCAAGGCUUUCUGACUGAAACCGCUGCGGAUGCUCCUGCUGCUGCUGCUUCUGCCCCUGCUGCUGCUGCUGCUACUGUUGCUGCUCCUGUAGCGUCAUCGGCCGGUGCCGCUGCUGCUGCAGGAAGUGCAGCAAAAACUGCAGCAGCAAGCGGAGCGCCGCCGUUGCCCAUUCAAACGGGGACAAGCUCAGCAGCAGCAGCAGCAGCAGCUGCUGCUGCUGCUGCUGCUUCAAGCGGCACUGUGCUUACUGCAGCAAAUGCGGUGUCUACGCUGCUGUCUAUCGCCAGGUCGCUGCCUCUACGCUCCUCUCAACAGCAGCAACAGCAACAGCAACAGCAGCAGCCGCAGCAGCAGCAACAGCAAGACCCGCAGCAGCACCAGCAACACCACCAGCAGCCAGAGGAGCAGCAGCAACAACGUCAGCAGGAACAGCAACAGCAACAACAGCAGCAGCAGCAACAACAACAGCAGGAGCAACAGCAGCAGCAGCAGCAGCAACGGCAGCAAGUGGACAAUAGCCAAGUAGAGGAAGGCGAGUUGUCUCCCACUGACUUGGAGAUCAGUGCACCGCAGCAGCAACAAGAGCAGCUGCCGCAACAACAGCAGCAGCAGCAACAACAGCAACAACAACAGCCACAGCAGCAGCAGCAGCAGCAACAACAACAACAGCAACAGCAACAGCAGCAGCAGCAACAGCAACUGGCUGACCGUCAGCAGCAGCAUCACCGUAUGCCAGUUGAAGACAUCGGCCCACUAAAACGCAUGCGGCUGCAGGAGACAUGCGCCAGCAGCAACAGCAACAGCAGCAGCAGCAACAGCAGCAGCAGCAGCAGCAGCGGGGCGGCACAUCUGGGCUUGGCUCCUCAGGGGUCUGCAGUGGCAGUCGUGAGCAACAGCAGCAGCAGCAGCAGAAGCAGCGCCAAGAAGAGCGUCAAAAGCUGCUGCUGCUGCUGCUGCUGCAAGACAUCGGCAUGUCCCCUCACCACGCAGCGUACGCAGCAGCUUCUCUCUGCAGCACGGAAUGCCUGCCCUCCACCUGCUUCUGCUGCUGCAGCUGCUGCUUCUGCUGCUGCUGCUGCUUCAGCGCACUGCGGGAGCGAUAACGCAGGCGCAAGUCGAGCACCAACAAUUGUGGGGACAGCUGAGGACGCCGUAGCAGCAGCAGCAACAGCAGCAGCAGCAGCAGCAAAUGGCAGGACGAGCGACUCGGCUGCUGCACAGACUCUUUUGCACCUGCGCUGCUGCCUCCUUCCUCUGAACGGCUUCCUGAGCAGCAGCAGCAGCAGCGGCAGCAGCAGCAACGGCGGCAGUUGCAACAGCAGCAAUAGCAGCAGUAGCAGCAACGGCACAAGCAGCAGCAAGAGUGAAGGUGCGGGGGACUUGCUGCGGCAUUUGCUGCUGCCAUUCGUGAUAUCGCUGCAGCAGCCCCUCCCUGUCCGCGUCCUUGCUGCUAUAGUCUCUUGUCAGCUUGUAGCGCAGCAGCAGCAGCAGCAGCAGCAGCAGCUGCAGCAGCAGCAGCAACUUCAGUCUGGAGAGGAGCAAUCUAAGAGCAGCAGCAAACCCGAAGAUGAAAUGGCUGUGCUUGUCUUCCAGGCAAUUGGCAGCUUGCUGCUGGCCUUGCGAGAGGAAUGCAGCAGCAGCAGCAACAGCAGCAGCAGCAGCAGCAGCACGAGGGGCCCCCUAUCUCUUCAGACACCAGAGGGCCAGCGAGAGGCUCUAGCUCUGUCUAUCAGUCGCACCGUCGCUGUCAUUUGCAUGCGCUGUCCCCUCCUGGCCCGGAGAGUAGCGAGGGUGUUGCUGCCUCCCGCUGCAGCAACUGCAGCAGCAAUUGCUGCUGCUUCUACUGCUGCUGCGUUUGGCAUUCCGCAGCAGCAGCUCGUGCCCCAGCAGCAGCAGCAGCAGCAGCAGCAACAGCAGGUGCGCAUUGUGUCGCUUCCUCUUGACGGGUCUCUACCCCUCUGUUUGCUGCCUCUCCUUUCUUUAGAUGUGCUCCAGCAGCUGGUGCUGCUGCCAGUGGCUUCUGCUGCCGCAUCUGCUGCCGCUGCUGCAGCAGCGCAGUCGCUGCAGCAGCACAGCUGCGGGGACGGAGGUCUUCUGGUGUCUGGAGAACAGGACAAGCACCUCAGCAGGAUCAGCAGCAGCAACACCAGCAGCAGCGGCAACAGCAGCAACAGCAACAGCAACAGUAGCUGCAGCGUGCUUCUGGUGCUGCUGCACCUUGAGUAUGCGCAGCUGUCUAGACACCUCAAGUGCUGCUUUGUGCCCGGGCUGCAGGGGCCUCGUUGUUUCGUGCUGCUGCUGCAGCAGAAGCGGCAGCAGACUGGCGGCUGCGUCUUUUGGCGGGUGACAGCAGCAGCACCAGAAGCAGCAGCACCAGAAGCAGCAGCACCAGGAGCAGCAGCAGCAGGGCAGCAGCAGGAAGAGUCGGAGGCGCUACAGCAGCACUUCCAGUGGAUUCGAACAUAUCGCUCGGCGUUGCUGCUGUUGCUGCAGCAGCUGCUGCUGCUGCACGGGAUUGCCUGGCCAGCUGCUGCUGGGGGGCGCCCUACACCUACUGCAGCAGCGGCAGCAGCAGCAGCUGCUGCUGCUGCUGCAGUGGCAUAUAGGCCUCAGAUGCCUCUCAAUGUUUUGUAUAGGGCAGCGGUUUGUGCUGCUGUCACGGGGCUGCAGCACGCUGCUGCUGCUGCUGCUCUGCAUGCGCUGGCUGAUGCUGCUGCUGCUGCUGCCUCGCAGCCGUGGCUGAGGGCACUGGCUUUUGCUGUCGAUGCUGAGGCUGCUGUUGCUGCUGCUGCUGCCCCCGCAGCAGGUGCAGCAACAGCAGCAGCAGCAGAAAGUGGAGAGACAGCAGCAGAUGAGAAGCUGGUUGCUGCUCUCGGUGCUGCACUGCGAAGGGCCUACUGCUGCUGGAACGACUCGUUGAUGCAGCUGCAGCAGCACAGCAGAAGCAGACGCAUGCAGCUGCCGCGCAGCUGCAGCAGCCCGCCUCCCCUUGCGCCCCUUGGAGCCUUCGUUCAGGGCCGGAUGAAGCUUGCCUCACUGCUGCACUCCUUUGCUGCCUUCUGCCUCGAGGCUCUGCGGCAUUCCGGGUGCAGCAGCAGCAGCAACAACAACAGCAACGGCAGCAGCAGCAGCAACAACAACAGCAGCAGCAACGGAUGUGAGGACGGGGGAACUCUGCAGGCAGCAGGAGACAGACCUGAGGGUUUGCCACGCCCGAACCAAGAGGCAGCUGAUGAUGCAGCAGCAGCAGCAGCUGCUGCUGCUGCUGCUGUCUCCGAUGCUGCCUUCUCUGGGCUUUGUGAAGACCUUGAGAACAUUCGACAGGCAGCCAAGGCAGCCCUACACUACUUUCAGAGGCAGCUGCAGCUGAUGCGCAGCAGCUGCCAGACCACCAAACGGCUGCUGCUGCUGCAGUGCUGCUGCUGCCGCACAGCACUCCUCUUGGCUUCUUUUUGCUUGCUGCGCCUCCUUCUCUCUAAGCAGCAGCAACUGCAUGCGCAGCAGCUGCUGCUGCAGCAACAGCCGUCAAAGCGAGGGUCGUUCAGCGGCAGGAACAGCAGUAGCAAGAGUAGCACAACCAACAGCAGCAGCGUCAUGCUGCUGCAGCGAGGCAUCCUCGAGCUGGAGACAGCAGCAACAGAACUGCAGCAGGAGUUGAAAGGCUUCAGCAGCAGCAACGCCGCUGCUAUUGACUUACGAGGCCUCUGGCUUUGUGCAUGCGCUGCCUCUCCUGCUGCAGCAAAACAGCAGCUCCUUGCUGCACUCCGCCCUAGCAGCAGCAGCAGCAGCAACAGCAACACCGACAGAGGAUCCAAACAAGGAGAGUACUCUAGAACCACCACCACCACCAGCAGCAGCAACAGCAGCAGCAGCAACAGCUCGGGAUGCGCAGCAGCAACAGCUACAGUGAGGCCUUUCUUUUUCUAUGAACGGCUGCUGCCGCUGCUGAGGUGGGAGGAGCCACCAGGAGCAGCAGAAGCAGCAGCAGCAGCAGCAGCAGGCGGCACCGCCGUUGAGGGUACUGCUGCAAGCCGACUACCUGGAAGCCUGUUGCGAUGGUUGUUGCUGCUGCUGCAGCAGCUGGUUUGCUGCAGCUGGCCGCUGCCUCCUCGAAUAUUUUCUGCUGCGCCUCUGCCUUGGGUUGCUGCACAGGCAGUAGUGGAGGGAGAAGCUGCUGCUCGCCGCCUUUCAGGGUUGCUGCCGGCUGUUUCGGUGUAUGCGGAGCUGCGCGGGGCCUCAACGGAGACACUUCAAGCCUGGCGUUGGCUGCAACUAAAAUAUUUUUUUAUUAGCGGCAACGGAGAGAGACAAGAUGAGCUUAUUCGCCUCUGGGUACCCCACACUGACCCAAGGCGUAAGGAGCUGCUUCGUGUGUUGGUCCCUGUACCACAGCCCUUCUCCCCUCCCGAAGACACCAACAGCAGCAGCAGCAGCAGCAGCAGCAACAGCAGCAGCAGCAGCAGCAGCAGCAGGAGUUGGGCUCCUCAGGAGACAGCUGGCCGAUGGCAGGAGUCUCCAGUGGUGCGUCACCGCUGCUGUGUACAGGGAGACAGCAGCAACUUAUGCUGCCUCGCUAUUGAAGCUGCUCCUUUAGACAGCAGCUUCAAACUCUUAGGAGAGACCACCCUAACAGGCGUCCUUGCAGACAACCCAGAGCUUCAGGCUCUAGACCUCUAA